CGCCCGUUCGUUGGCGUCUAUCCACACGGUGUCUGUAACUCUCCCGUGCAUAAAGCAGGAGGCUCACACUUCAUCCGCACAGUGUAGUUCAGCUGUACAUGGACGGAUGCAAGUGUGUAGAAGAUGCGUACGACAAAUGAAGCGGGCAACUCCUCACCGAUGGUGAAGGAAGGAACGGCCUUGCCGGAGAUGCGUCGCGAUGACGAGUUUUUUUGUUCUCUAGUGGACUGUAUUCCUGCGAGAUACUACUUCGAUCAGGAUACAGCAAAGGAGAUCCGUGAUAACAUUCUACGAAAGACGGAUGAUGUUUUUAGUAGCUGUAACCAUGGAAGCAAAUUCAAGGUGGGCCAGGUAGGCAAGCAUAAAUUCGCCAAGCUCAAUCCACAGAUUAACAAAAGUGUCAUGCAGAUUCUUAAAGAGGUGGACGAACAAGAACGCGGAAUCGCUAACAGGAAGCAAAGGAAAAUGAAGAAAGAUCGUCUACAUAUAUUAAGUAAACAAGGCGGCACUUUACAUUCCGCUGCGCUAGAUCGGGCGUCGUCUAUUGAGGCGCUUCAACAAACUCUUCGAGCCAAAGUUGAGAUAAUGAAUAAAGGCCGGGAUCUUGAGAAGAUUCGGGCACGACGAGAGCUACAGAAGUUGAAACAUCAGAAAAAUAAGAAAAAAUCCGGAAACAAAAUUAAGCAAGGUCCUCCAGAUGCUGACGAAAUCGAACAGAGGAUCGCAACCGCAUCGAGUGUUGCCAAACCUAGUUACAACGCAGAAGGAAAGAUGGUGUUCAGUAAAUUUGACUUCAGUAACUCAGCUGAAACCGAUUCACCUGUUAUUCACAAUCAUGCUCUCAAAAAGAUGACAAAUGUAAAAGGUUUGAAAGGAUACAAAAAGCAACUAGAGUUCAUUGAAGAAAAACAGAAGAAGUUCGAAGAACUUAAGCAAUCAAAUCCCGAGAAAGCUGCAGCAAUCGAAGAAAAAUCAAUGUGGUUGGACGCACUCGAUCGUUCUCGAGGCAUUAAGAAGAAGGAUAAUGCCGAGCUACUAAAGAAAACCAUUAAAAAACGAGAAAAGAUGAAAGAACGUUCGAGGAAAAAGUGGGCAGCGCGCCAAGAUACGGUUAAGAAGCAGCAGGAUGAGAAACAGGCCAAACGAAAACAAAAUUUACUGGCCCGCCGAGAAGCGAAGAUUACCAAUAAGCUUAAAAAAUUGUCGAAGAAGGGACGUGUCCUGCACGUUCCUGGCUUUUAAAGCUUCACUCAUGAAUUUCUUGUUUCCUCGGUACUAAAGACCAAAAAAAAAGCAAAAAAAGUCGGGCAACAUAUAUACAUAAAAGGUAUAUGCUAGAAGGCGGAUUUCGUAGAAAAUGUUAUUUUUUUUCUCAUAAAAAUGAAAUAAUUGCGGUUUGUUGACUGCAUGUCUCUUCUUGAUGUUUUUCAACGUUGUUAUUUUAUAUGUAAUGUGUUCUGGUGCCUAGAACCUAAAAGCGGCUGAAACACAAAACCAUAUGAAGGAAAGGUUCUGUGAAUACGUAAAGUAUCCUUUUUGUGUGCACUAAAAAAACACUGCGUGUAAAUAAAUAUGACUGAAGGACUGACUAUACCUUUACAAUAGAAGUGUCUCUAAUGACAGCUAAA